AGUGGAGGGAACAAUUCUCUCUCUAAUCAGUCCGAGGAAAACAAGAAUCUGAUCAAGCUCGAAAUCAGGGGUAUAUUUGUCAUUGUGACUGAACUUGUAUCAUCCUUAUCUUCUACAUGUGCUCACCAGCUACCAAGGUGAUCCACUCGAUUGAGCAAAACCUUUGCAGACUAGAGUUAAUGGCUUCGCACGGUCACCAUACCCACGACUACCAUCACCACGAUCAUGACAAUGACCACCAUCACCAUACCCAUGAUCAAACGACGUCGUGGGUAGGCCCAGAAGGAAGAGUGUAUCACAGCCACGAUGGGUUAGCGCCUCACUCUCAUGAACCCAUUUACUCUCCUGGCUACUUCAGCAGAAGAGCUCCACCAAUCCUCACUAGGGAUUUCAAUGAAAGAGCUUUCACUGUUGGUAUUGGUGGUCCUGUUGGUACUGGGAAAACCGCUUUAAUGUUGGCUAUAUGCAAAUUCUUGCGGGACAAGUACAGUCUUGGUGCAGUGACUAAUGAUAUAUUCACAAAGGAGGAUGGUGAAUUCUUGAUUAAGCAUGGAGCACUACCUGAAGAAAGGAUACGAGCUGUGGAAACUGGAGGCUGUCCUCAUGCUGCAAUUCGUGAAGAUAUCAGCAUUAACCUUGGCCCUCUUGAGGAGCUUUCCAAAUUAUUCAAAGCAGACUUACUACUUUGUGAAUCUGGUGGAGAUAAUUUAGCUGCCAACUUUAGCAGGGAAUUGGCUGACUAUAUCAUAUAUAUAAUAGAUGUAUCUGGUGGUGAUAAAAUUCCUCGGAAGGGUGGCCCUGGCAUUACCCAAGCGGAUCUUCUUGUUAUAAAUAAGACUGACCUUGCACCGGCAGUUGGAGCUGACUUGGCAGUCAUGGAGCGUGAUGCACUUAGAAUUCGGGAUGGUGGGCCAUUUGUCUUUGCUCAGAUUAAGCAUGGACUUGGUGUAGAGGAAAUUGUGAACCAUAUUUUACAAGCCUGGGAAGGAGCAACUGGGAAGAAGCAGCAUUGAACUGUGCUUCCAAAAUUUGUCUUGGCGUAUUGGUUCUUUCAGAAGUGACCUGUAUUCUUCAGUAAAGGAUUUGCUCUGCUUGGUUCUUUGGAAGUAUGAGAAGCAGAAACUUACUUGAAUCGGAUAGGGAACAUGAAAAGUGCAUCUGAAGGGGAUAAAUUAUUGUCUUAGUACAUAUUCAGUUGCCUGUGGAAUAGUCUGCUGUACGCUUUUGCUUAAUAAAAAUCUUGUUUAGUGUCUGCUCACCCACCUCUCGAUCAUUAUCAGUAAGAUUCUUGGUCAAUCUACUAAUGAUUGAUGUAACCAUUUCGAUA